AUGGCUCACAUAUUCUCCUCCAUGCCUCCAGCUAACACCCACGCCUUCUUUUCUGGCAUUGUCAUACUAGACGUGGCGCCGGAAAACACCAGUGCGGGGCAGUACGGCAUACCACUGACUAUCGAUUACAAUAAUCGAGGUCGGCAUGAGUUUCCCCCGGGCACGAUUGCCUUUGUGCAAGGUGUGCUUUCUGUAGAUCCCACGCAAGCCACGAACGCAGACCCGAAGGUGUUAAUCCGUGCUGAUCAGCUGGUACCCAUGCAAGGCAAUCCGGAUUCGAGCGGAUAUGAAAAACAUACGCCUUUCAUGGCCAACGGUUCCCUUACCUUCAUUGGAACCCUCAUAAACAGUCGAAUCGAAUCAGGCCAUCGGCUCUUCGUGCUUAUAAUAACGGUGUUCAAUAUCGAGAACACCCGCAACAAGGACGCCCUAAAGUAUUCUACAUUUAAAGUGGUUUGUAUGGUUCCUGACGGCUCGCGCUGGAGCAAUUUUCGUACGCCUUCCUAUGGGUCUUUGAUGCAAGCUUCUGGAGACUGGAUGGGUUACUAUGAAGUCGACGGUGUGCGCUGCCCCUGUAUCGUGGCAAGUGCGUUCUCCUUUAUUCGGACUGCUAAUAGCCCCAUUUUCCCGUGGCUCCAGAAGAUGGAGAGUGCUGUUGUCCCGAGUGUCUGA